AUGACGACGCCCCGAGUCUUCAUCAUCCGCCACGGCGAAACCGAAUGGUCCCUCAACGGCCGACACACGGGCACGACAGACAUCCCCCUCACAGCGAACGGCGAAAAACGCAUCCGCGCGACGGGCAAAGCCCUCGUGGGCGAGGACCGGCUCAUCGUGCCCCGCAACCUCGCGCACAUCUACGUCUCGCCGCGGAAACGCGCGCAGCGGACGUUGGAGCUGCUGGGGCUCGGAGGGGAGAUUCCGUGGGAGAGGCAUGGGGAUGUGGAGGAGUGUCAAGAGGAGGAAGGGGUCAAGGCGAAGGUGGAGAUUACGGAGAGGAUUGCUGAGUGGGAUUAUGGGGAUUAUGAGGGGGUUACGAGUAGAGAGAUUCGGGAGAGGAGGAGGGAGAGCGGGGAGGGCGAGUGGGAUAUUUGGAGGGAUGGGUGUCCUGGUGGGGAAUCCCCCGCGCAAAUCACCGCCCGCCUCGACGCCCUCAUCGCCGACAUCCGCGCUCGCUUCCACGCCCACGCCAUUGGGAAACCUAAAGGUUCCGUGAAGGAGCCCUUCGACGUGCUCAUCAUCGCCCACGGACAUAUCCUGCGGGCGUUCGCCGGCCGGUGGGUCAAUAAGGAUAUCGCUGAGAAUCCGAGUUUGAUUUUGGAGGCCGGGGGUGUUGGGACAUUGAGCUAUGAGCAUCAUAGUUUGGGCGAGCCGGCGAUUUUGCUGGGGGGUGCGUUUAUGAGUGAUGUUGUGGAGAGUGCGGAGGCGCCGAAGUAG